AUGGGGAUGGUGGGGCCAGAGGGGGUGGGCGGUAAUGGCAUGGUGGUCGGUAAUGUGAAGGGACAGUGGGGGUUGUUGGGGAGUCAAGGGUGGGGCAUGGCGAGGGGCGGGAUGGGUGAGGUGGUAGCUGCGAUGGGUGAGGUGGUAGUGGGAUGGCUGAGGGGAGGUGGUGAUUGUGGCGGACGGCAGUGGCGGCGGCCUUGGACAGUGGUGGCCAGUGGUAGUGGUGAAGAUGGUGGUGUGGAGGAUGUAAAUAUGGUUGACAGAGGUAGGUCUGAUGGUGGUGGUUAUGGAGGUAGAUGUGGUAGUUGUGGAGGAGGUGGUAGUGGUAGCUGGUGGUGGUGGAGGUGGUCGGUGUUGUACGAGAAUGGCGACGGUAGUGGUGGAGGUGGUGGCUGUGACCAUUAA